UUAAGAACAGAACAACAUCACAGUGGAGAGUUUGCAUCCAUCACGCUGAGUCUACAAUGCUGUAUCCAAAGACAGAGCUCUGUGAUGGACUGUCCUUCAGGACCGGCAGGGUUUUCAUCAUUCUUCUAACACAGUGUUUAACAGUUUGCGUUGCAGAGCAGUCAGAGUUGAUUUGUUCACAUCAACCAAUCGUAGCCCUGGCUGGUGAUGAUGUCAUUCUACCAUGUUACCUUGAUCCUCCAAUCAGUGCCAGUUCUGAGACAGUGGUGUGGACCAGACCUCGUUUAGACCCAAAGUACAUCCAUGUUCACCAAGAUGGACGACUGAUGUUUGAAACUCAAAAUCCAUCUUAUUAUCUCCGAACGAGACUGUUUGUGGAUGAACUGCAGAAUGGAAACGUCUCCAUGAAAAUCUUCAGAGUGAAAAUCUCUGAUGCAGGAAAAUACUUUUGCACCCUUCGAUCAAUGCAAAAGAAAGCUUCCAUCCAACUCACUGUUGGUGUCGUCUCCACUCCCAUCAUAGAGGUUGUCUCCAGUAACAGUGGAAGUGUAGUUUUACAGUGUGAGUCUAAAGGCUGGUAUCCAGAGCCUGAGGUGGUCUGGCUGGACGGUGAGGGAAACCUCCUCUCUGCUGGACCUACAGAGACAGUCAGAGGUCCUGAUGACCUCUAUACUGUCAGCAGCAGAGUGACUGUGGAGAAGAGACACAGCAACAUCUUCACCUGUAGAGUCCAACAGAAGGACAUCAACCAGACCAGAGAGACACACAUCUAUGUUCCAGUUCUGUGGUCUCCUGAUUGGAUUUGGAUCAUCAUCCAUCUUUUUAACAUUACUGCCCUUCUGUUCGUCAUUGUCACUCUGAUGAAAUGCAGAAAGAAGAACCAGAGGAAUGAAACUGAACUGGAAGGAGAUGUAACACAUGGUGUGAAAGAGGAACUGUUAAUGGUCGAAGUAAAGCCAAAGGUCCAGAAGCAUAAUGUAAAUAUGAAUGCAGCUCAACUCCAGCUCUUAGUGGAGGGAAAUCAGCAACAGGAGGACCAGAGAGAGCAACUGGACAGAGUUCAGAGAUCACAGACAGAGGAAACAUCAGGAGCAGGAAAUAACACUGAAGACACUUUAAAACACAGAGAGACGCAGCGUUGAACGACGUGGACUAAAAACCUCCUGUAGUGACCGAGAACGAGGAGGAAUUCAUUGUGACACUGGAGGAUAUUCUCCAUCUUUUCC